AUGUUGAAUAAAUCCGCUCUCGCGCUCGCGUGGCUUGGCGGGACGGCCUCCAACCCCGCCCUCGGGUUUGAUGCGCGCCCGGCAGGGGGGAAAUUCGUCAACGUCCUCCCUGAAGGCGCGGGGCCGCGUCGUUUCGCCCCGCAUCGGAACGCGGCCUUUACCGCCUCGGCAGGGGCGAAUGAGCACUUCGCGCAUCAACCCGAAAUCCGCCAGGCGAUCGCGACGUUGCCGCAGAUGCAGCCUCGGCUAACGCGGUGGAAUCGCCAGCUCCGCGCGGAUAUCUACGACGAGCUCUUGAAGCUUCCGUUGCGCUUCGCGCUGCACGAUUUGGAUCGCCUGCAGCGCCAUCUACGGCACGUCGACGAGGCCGGGAACGACGACGGCGUCUACGCCGUGGAGGUGGACGGCGCGCGGGAGUUUUACGCCGUGGCGGGGCGAACGUCGACGGUGGGCUACGCGCCGCCGCUCGGCCCUGCCGAUCCGUUCGAUUGCCUUCCUUUUUUCGUGCAUCGGAGCAGCAACGGGGGGCUGCCCGGGACGAUCCAUUCGAUGCAUCCGCGUAAUUUAAUGCCCGCCUUCUACAUGCGCAUCCAAGGCGUCGAGGGUGACCGCUUUCGCUUUGAGGAGGAGCUGAUGAAAAUAUUCCCGACGAAGAAGAUCUUCGUGCGGAGCCAUUCGGUGUAUGUGUACAAUGUGGCGCAGGAUGGUCGGAUGGUGCUCCAUCACUGGCUGCUCGGGUUGGGUUUUUAG